AUGUCCAUGAAUGCUAUGAAUCUGAUUCAGGACUAAUGUUCAGCAAAUGUUGUUGUUGAGGUUAUGGAUUUAAAUGAUAAUGCUCCCUAUUUCAGUUUCCCUAAUGUCAACCCUUUCAGUCUUAAUGUCCACUACCAUCCCAACUCUGACCAUGAUAUCACAGUUGUUAGGGCCUCUGACAGAGACAGUCAACACAAUGCCUUCCUCACAUAUGAAAUACUCAGAGGUAAUGAGAAACACUUAUUUCAAAUGAACCAUCACUCUGGUGUCUUAUCUUUCUCUCGCUCACUUUACCAAAAUGAUGCUGGAUUCUAUGAACUGGAAUUAGGUGUGAAAGACAGUGGGAAUCCAGUUCUCUCAUCAACAACAACAUUGUCUUUGACUCUAACAGUUAGUAACAACACAUCAAAGAUAUUUAAGACCCCUUCAAAGACAACAACAGAAUCAAGUAAUGGUCUCCAAUUGAAUGUGAUGAUUGUUAUUGUUAUAGCAGCUGUGAUAGUAUCAGUUGUUAUAGAGAUCUCUAUAUCAAUCUGUAUAGUUCAUAGACUGAAGCAGACAGAUAGCAACUAUGAUAGUAGUGUUGAUAUUUACUACAAGGUUACACCAACAUUAAACAUACAAUCAAAAUAUAUGUUCGAUUCUAUUUGCGUUUCUUCUGGUGUUCAUUACACAAGAGAGAGAAAUGUAAAGAAUUCUCAUCAACCAAUGGUAGACAGAGAAGAUAUUCACUGCAGAACCAUUUCAGGUGAUAAAUGGAAUAACCCAACAUUAAGAAUAUGCCAGCAGGUGAGAUAA